GACUACCGAAACGUUCGAUGAUAUUGAUCUGUGUGUGUGUAUGAAUAUCGAUGCUAAAAAAAACUCAAAUUUAUUGUUUUAUUUGAUGUGAUUUUCAUUUUCUCUCCUAUGUUUGAUUGCUCAAGAAAAAAUGAAUUCAGAAUCCAAUAAUGAUAAUGACGAUAAUACGAAUGACAAUUUGUCUGUCAAUGUUGCUCAUAUGUCAAAUGGCCAUAAUCGACAACCAUCAACCGUGCAUACGAGACUAAAAUCUAUUGAAAGUCGUCAAUCAGUGAAAAUUGUUCUACAUAACCAAUCAAAUCGUAAGGUAAAUAUUACAUGGAUCGAUUAUGAUGGCAAUGAACGUAUUUAUUCAAAAUUGAAUCCAAGAUGUAAAUUUGUUAUUGAUUCAUAUGUAACACAUCCAUGGAUAUUUCGGGAUAUUGAACGAAAAAAUUUAGCCAUAUUCGAUGCACUGGUCGCUAAUCGUCGUGAUUUACUUGCAUUUCAUAAAUGGGAUAAAUAUUCUGAACAGAAACGAUUUCAAGUAGCCGAUCGUAUACUAUUUCCACGGCAACAUAAACAAGAUUUUGAAUUCAUAUUGGUCAUCAUUAAGAAUGGUGUACAUAGUCUACAAGAAUUAUGUCUCUAUUCAUUAAUUGAACAAUUACAUCGAUCAUCAUCAUCAUCAUUAUUAUCAUCACGUACAUCUACAACAACAACAACAACAACAUCGAAUUGUGAAUCCAGAUCUAUAUUACCAUCAUAUAUUAUCGACAAUUUACCUAAACAUCUUUAUGAAAAUCUACAAAACUACCUCAAUAAUGGUCAAUGUUUAUUAGAAUUUCUACCAUUACAAUAGGAUGGUGAUCUAUAAUAGGAUAUGAAAAUGGUGCAAUUGUUUUAUUCUGGCUUAUAAUACUAUACUCAACAAACAAAUUCAUUGUUCAUUUCGUUUGGUUUUUUUUAUGUUCUCGAUCACUGAAUCGGUUAUUAUUGUAAUUUCUUUUUUUAAUUAAUUUUUUUUUGUGUUUGAUGAAAAAAUUUUAUUUGUCUGGCAAUU